AUCAAAGCAUGCUCCAUGGUCUCUGAGCACACACCAAGAUGGACUUGCCUCUCCUCAAAGAUAUCAACAAGCAAUCAUUUAGAUGGAAAGUUAUGGCCAGGAUCGCAAGAGUCUGGGAGCUCAAAAGAAAAGACACAGGAACUACCUAUGAGGUGGACUUCCUGCUGCUUGAUCGACAGGGUGGCACAAUGGAAGGUUUGAUUCCAGAGAAGAGAAUGGCCCAAUUUAUGAAGCACAUCACCGAGGGAACAAUUUAUACAAUUGAGGACUUCAAUCUAUAUGAUGCCAAGAGCAAGUUUAGAUCUUCAGAUCACCCCCUCAGGGUAUGUUUCACAUUUCGCACUAAGCUUAAAAAAGUGGAGCCCCAACCCGUGAAUUUCCCAAUAUUUGCCCACAACGCCAGGCCAUUCUCUGUUCUGGAAGCACGUGCUGAUCAGAACUUCAUCUUAUCAGGUGACAAAUAAGAUUUACAUAACAUUUUGUCAUGCCUCCCCGUCAAAUUCCAUAGCCUAAUAUAGAUCACAACUACAAAACAGAUGUUAUUGGAGUAAUCGUGCAA